GUUUUUUGUACUGGCAUCCCUGUAAGAACGAACGUCGUCGUCCUUCCGACCAGCGACAUUUUCGUCGGCUGGCAUAGAUUAUUUAAAUAGAAAAAGUCUUAAAAAAAGUUGCUAAAAUGUUGGGCCGUUUCGCACCGGGUGUCUGUACCCAAGUGACCAUGGUGGUCAACCAGCAGCAAAACAGAAACAUGGCUACUCUGAAAGCCAUUUCUAUCCGUUUGAAAUCUGUUAAGAACAUCCAAAAGAUCACCCAAUCAAUGAAGAUGGUGUCAGCUGCGAAAUACACUCGUGCUGAACGUGACUUGAAGGCUGCUCGUCCUUAUGGAGAAGGUGCCUCCCAAUUCUAUGAGAAAGCUGAGGUUUCCGCUCCGGAAGACGAACCGAAACAGCUUUACAUAGCUAUCACCUCUGAUAGAGGUCUGUGUGGAGCGGUUCACACCGGAGUGUCCAAAGUCAUCAGGAACAGACUGUCCGAGCCUGAUGCUGACAACAUUCGUGUCAUCUGUGUUGGUGAUAAGUCAAGGGGAAUAUUACAGAGAUUGUAUGGAAAGCAUAUCAUUACUGUGGCUAACGAGAUCGGUCGUUUGCCUCCCACUUUCUUGGAUGCUGCCAAAUUAGCCAACGCUGUUAUGAACUCGGGAUAUGACUUCGGAUCGGGGAAGAUCAUCUACAACAAGUUCAGAUCUGUCGUUUCGUACUCCCAAGCUGAUUUGCCGGUUUUCAGUAAGAAGGCUAUUGAGAGCGCACCGAAAUUGGCCGUAUACGACUCCUUGGACUCCGAUGUGCUUCAAUCCUACAUGGAAUUCUCGCUGGCUUCCAUGCUUUUCUACGCUCUGAAGGAGGGAGCGUGUUCUGAACAGUCAUCACGUAUGACAGCCAUGGAUAACGCGUCCAAGAACGCCGGAGAGAUGAUCGACAAGUUGACCCUGACCUUCAACCGUACUCGGCAGGCCGUCAUCACCAGAGAGCUGAUCGAGAUCAUUUCCGGUGCAGCCGCACUCAACUAGUGUGAAUCUUCAUAAUGUCAACACAUUCGAUUCCGUGGCUCAUGUAUGGUGUAAUAAAUUAUGGUUAGACAUA